UACAACACCACGCGGAUGGAUUCAUGCUUCGGUUCCUAGGGUCUCACGUUCGCCGGCGAUUUAUCAGGUCUGUAUCAGUCGCGAACGAUCUUCGUUAACCUACCGAUCGACGACUAUGACCAUGUGUUGUUUAUUCAAACGGUCCGAUUUGAGAUCUCGCUUCCUCUUAAGUAGUAGUUGGAAAACCACUUUUCCGAUGAGACGUGGCUGUUCCGUCAGUGCUUCAACGGAGAAGUCUUCUUCAGUUUCUUCCAAUCGAAAACUUAUUGUUUUAAACUCCGUCGUAAUCGUAGCCUUAGCGGUAGCUAAUCGCGUGCUCUACAAACUCGCAUUGGUUCCCAUGAAACAGUACCCUUUUUUCUUGGCUCAGCUCACCACUUUCGGGUAACGUAACGAACGGCUUACACUUUUAGCCAGUGAAAGGAGAUUUAAUGUUUAUGAUAAAUCGGAAUCGAAUUAAAUAAAAUGGUUUUGGCAGCUACGUCUUAGAUUUAUUUCACGAUUCUGUGCACGAGGCGCCGUCUAGGCAUUGUGACGAAUGAAAUGAUGGGUGUGCCUAAAUGGAGAUUCGCAGUCAUUGGUUUCCUCGAAGCUCUUGGAGUUGCCACUGGCAUGGCUUCAGCAGCCAUGCUUCCUGGACCGGUUAUACCGAUUUUGAAUCAGGUCUUUUGGUUUUGAUUUAUUGAUCAUGACUACUUUCAAUGUAUGCAUUAGUUUUGAACGAACUCAAUGGCUCUCGAUGUUUGGCAGACGUUUUUGGUGUGGCAGCUGCUUUUUGUUCUUCUUAUUUUGGGCAGGAGGUUUUUGCUUACCCAAAUUGCUGGUUGCUUGCUUGUGGCUGUGGGAGUUGUGGUGGCUGUUUCAAGAUCAUACACUAUCCGGAAUCGGUUUGUUAUGGCCUGCUGUAUUGGUAGCAUCUGCUGCUUUUCAAGCUGGUGCAUCUAUUAUAAAGGAAUUUGUUUUCAUUGAUGCUGCAAAGCGUCUUGAGGGAAAGUCACUGGAUAUAUUUGUAGUAAAUUCAUUUGGAUCUGGAUUUCAGGCUCUUUUUGUGUUCCUGUUGUUGCCUUUUCUCUCAAACUUAAAAGGGAUUCCAUUUGGCAGCCUUCUUUCCUAUCUAAAAGAUGGUGCCGGCUGCUUCUUCAACACUGGAGCUAAGAUUUCUGGCUGCGAAGGUGCCCAUAUACUCCCACUGCUCUAUAUAGCGACGAACCUCGCUUUCAACAUCUCAAUUCUCCAUUUGGUGAAAAUAUCUUCAGCAAUCGUUUCCUCUCUCACUGUCAUGCUCUCAGUGCCAUUAUCGGUGUACAUAAUGUCAAAACCAUUGCCGUAUCUACCGGGAGGAUCAAGCUUGAGCUCAAAUUUCAUGAUGGGGAGUAUAGUUCUGGUUCUAGGUCUUCUUCUCUACAACAUCCCCACCACCUCUCUAACUAAGCAACACACCAAGACCUCCUAAUAAUUCACACUCUCUCUUUAUUCAUUCUAUUCAUAUAAGAUACAAAUCCUAUAGUCAGAUUAAUCAA